AUGUCAGUGGCCAUUGGAACAUGUGGGUACCCAGGUACAUCUCGGCCAUGACCAACUCCUGCGUGGUCAUCACCUGCACAUUCAUGUACCCGUCCGGUAUACAGCCGUACCGCGGCAUCCACGGCAUCUGGUACUUUGGCCAGCCCUACCCUCAGCUCUUCCCACCUGUGGUGUUCAAGACGCGCACAGACAUCGUGCAUAAAAGUUACCAAGCUCAUUGAGGACCUGCACCAGAGGAACUGCACCCUGCUCAUCAGUAAUAUAGGUACAGAGCACUCAGGGAGGUACUACUUCCGUGCCGACCUGGGCGGUGCCAACAUCUACACCUACCCAGACUUCUCUAACCUCAAGGUGCUGGGUAAGCCUGUUGAGAGACACUGAGAGGCAAUUCUUUUUAAACUAUGUUUACAAUUGUUUACAAUCGUAGGUGUUACAUUUAUGGUCUGGAUUUCCCUAGCCUGGUACCAUAUCUGUUGGGCUGUCUUGCCAACUACUGUGGACACUGUUUGGCAUGACAUGGCCUGACAAUGGCAAUAGGAGUUGGCAAGCACAAAUAGAUCUGGCACCAGGCUAGGAUUGACCUAGCUGUGAAUAUAAUUAGUAUAGCUUUAAUGAGAAUAGGUAAAUAUUGUGAAUUGGUGAAUUUUAACUCAUUCACGAUGUCCUCUCUGUCCCCCAGACCAGCCCAGCAUUGACAUCCCUGAGGAGAUAGUCGCAGACGAGAAUCUGGAGUUGACGUGCUACAGUAUGCUCCAGACAACUGUCCAGAGAAUAGCCCAGAGUUCCAAUGGAUGUACACAGACUACCUGCCUGAACCCGAGUAUUCCUCAGACUACUUGGAAGAGAGCUUUACAGCACGCUCACCCCCAGGCCCAUGCACAACGGCCAGCUGCUGGUCUACUACCCCAACACCACCCUGGUCUACGAGAGACUAAUCUGCUGGUAGAGCACGGCGCUUGUAACGCCAAGGUAGUGGGUUCGAUCCCCGGGACCACCCAUACACAAAAAUGUAUGCACGCACGACUGUAAGUCGCAUUGGAUAAAAGCGUCUGCUAAAUGGCAUAUUAUUAUUAUUAUUAUCUCUGGACGUCAAGUGUAAGUGACCAACUGACCGUUGUCACCGAACCUGUAGGUUGAAUCCUCAAAUUCUGUGAGAAGCGUGUCAUUUGGACACAACAGUGGACACAUUAUGUAAUGUGGGGGAUUAUAGUAUAGAAUAACUCAUUCUGCUGACUACGCCAAAUGUAAUCGUAGCAGUGUUACACACAUUUACAUUACACUUACUUAUCCAGAGCGACUUACAAAUUGGUGCAUUCACCUUGUGAUAGCCAGUGGGACAACCACUUUACAAUAUAUAUUUCUGACGCACACAUUGUAGAACCAUUGUCAAAAUCUACAGUCAUCCAUUAUUCUCCAUCUACAGUAGAAGGAUAGCAGCUUGAUUUAGCAAUAUAUUGCAUGAUUAUGACAUGGUACUAAUAUUGUAUGUUAGCCUGGCAUUCAAACCAGUUUUUCGACAUUUCACCUUUGUUUUUCUUUGAAACAAUGAUGAGUGCAGUGUUGGGUCUGGUUUAACCAGGUUAUACACUUGUCACUUUUACAAGUCUAACCCCACCUUCCCCUUCCCCUUCCUCUCACCCCAGAUGCCCCUCGCUCGGUGUGGGUGAACGUGUCUUCGGAGGUGAUGGAGGGCAGCUCGGUGACGCUGCACUGCGAGGUGGACAGUUUAUUUGUCAGAUGCACAGGAUACAAACAGUGUAAAUGGUACAGUGAAAUGGUUACUUGCACAGUGUAACCAUUUGUUUAGACAAUUAACCAUAAUCCCAACUCACAAUGUUAGUGCCCUGCACGAAUCUACAGGUAGCUAAAUGCUGACCAACAAGGUUAAAUGUUAGCUAGCUACUUAAAAGUAGGCUAUAACUACUAUUAAUAAUAUUACUACACAGAUCAUACACGUAACGUUAGCUAGCGAGCCAGCCAGCCAGACAGCUAAUGUUAGCUAGCUAGCUAACAGUACGCUUUAACUUGCAAUGAAAACGACUUUCUGUCAAAAUUAAAAAUUUAUAAUAUCUGAAAAUGUAGCUAGAUAUACUCUCUUACCCAUAUACAGUACAUGGAUGAAAGCUUCUCCCUCUCUGUCAUGGAUGCCAUGGUUGCCCUUAGUUUUGAAGCUGUGACCUGGAGACAGGUGUUUUAUGCAACGGACUUCUGUGUUCUCUUUUCGAAUCCCUCCGCAUUUGCAAUCAAAUGCCAGAAUUUUCUCCAUCUCCUUAGCGAUCAUACUCUGCUUCCACUGGGCAUUCCAAUGAUUUCAAAACUCUGUCCUCCAGAAAGUGGAGAGCUAUCUUUUAAACAAAUCUGCGUUAGAAAGGAUUACCUAAACAUACUGAGCAGCUCAUUAUACACAGAGGCAUGCUACAUGGCAGACCAAUCCGAACUCAUCUCUCCGCAUGCCCAUCCAUUAUCUCAGCCAAUCAUGGCUAGUGGGAAGGUUCCUGUCUUUUUCCGUGGCUAAACCAACUAGGCUAGUAUUUUUAUCAAUUGUAUUCAUAUUUACAGAAGGCCUACACGUUUGUUUUUAUGGCACAUGAAAGUUCACAUGUUCCAGAAGGCAAUUCUGCCAAAAAACAGAUUGUUUAAAAUAAAAUGUUUUACGCUCAAAUGCCUCUCCUGUGAAGUAGUGACGCGUGACAAAUGCCUAGUUUCCUGAAACGAGACACAUAUUUAUUAUAUGUCAGUAUAUUGACGUAUUAGUUAUGUGAUAAACCUGGCCCAUAACUUCUUUCUCUUGUUUAUACACAGUACGAUUUAUCCUCUUUAACGUACUCCAUUGUUCAACUCCUUUCUUUCUCCUCACAUCACUCUACCUUUCAUCCCUUCUCUGUCCUCCCUGCAGACCCUCCCAGUGAGCCAGUGGUAAACGGCUCCUUUAACAUUUUGGAAGGUUCCUCCAUCUCCCUGCAAUGUAGCACCCAAGGCAAUCCCGCGCCCACCCUCACCUGGCUGAAGGACGGGGAGCUGGUGGGCACCAUCACGGCUGAGGAGGUGUCUGUGCUGGAGCUUCUGGAGCUUACCCCUCAGGGAGACGGACAGUACCGCUGCCUGGCAGAGAACGAACACGGACGAGCCAGCAGCUCCCUCAACAUCACUGUGGAAUGUGAGUGGGUCAUCAAAUCAUGUAAUGUUGUAUCAUAUCGUAUCAUAUCAUAUGGUAUAGUAUCAUAUUGUAUUGUACCACACUACGCUACACAACACUACACCAUCCCAUCCCACUCUACAUAUCAGUCACACCUCUACCUCCACCCUCUCUUCAGAUGCCCUUGUCCUUCUGGAAGAGUCCAAGUGCACGGUAGUAAGUGAGGGUGUCCAGUGUGUUUGCAUGGCUACAGGCAACCCUGAGCCCACCAUCGAGUUCUACCUCCCCGACAAGAACAUCACCAUCAACGACACGGAAGGCCACUACAUCUACUACACGCACACGGACAGCCACACGUCCACGGGCAUGAUCAAGCUACGGGAGAAGGGUGAGCGCCUGGGCAACAGCGCCGCCAAUGUGCACUGCAGCAACAGCAACAUGUACGGGUCGGAGAGCUUUCAUCUGGAGUUGCAGCAGGAGAGUAAGUACACAAGUUCAGGUUCAUGGUUAAACACAGAAACAAAUAGCAUACCAUUAAAAUGCAAAACAUUGUAUAGCCGAGCAUACGUGAGAGAUUGAACUGAAAUUAGAAGUGUAGUACCUUUCUUUGAUAUCUAGAUUGACUGUAUAAGUAAGACCACAAACUGGACACCCCAUUGGCUUGAUAUGGUAAUUGUCACACCCUGGUUCUGGGACUCAUUAUGUUGAGCCAGGGUGUGUGCAGUCUAUGUGUUUAUGUUCUAUGUUGGGUGUCUAGGUUGUUGUUUUCUAUGUUUGGUCUAUGACUCCCAAUCGGAGGUAACGAGUGUCAGCUGUCGGCUCGUUAUCUCUGAUUGGGAGCCAUAUUUAUACUGUGUGUUUUCACCUUGGGGUUGUGGGUUUUUGUUCCUUUACGGUCAUUGUAAUCGUGGACUUCACUAUCGUCAUUUGUUGUUUUUCAAGGUUGCUUUAUUGAAUAAAGUCAUCAUGUUCGCUCAACACGCUGCGUAUUGGUCUCCUUCGCUCCUAGACGAUCGUGACAGAAAAACCCACCAUACUAAGACCAAGCAGCGUGUCCAGGAACAGACACAGGAGGUGACUCUGGUGGAUGUCCUCCUCGGUUGGGGGCAGAUUACCGAGGAGGAGGCCGUCCGGUACCGGAGGGCUAUGAAGGGGGAGACCCAGGCAGAAGAGGAGCAGCGGCGUCAGCAGUGGCAUCGUCGGACGGACGAGAGGCACCCCCAAGAAUUUUUUAGGGGGGGGCACAGGGCAUGGACGACGGGGCUAACGGAGGCAGAGAAGGGGCGAAUUCAAGAGGCCACCAGGUUACGGGGGCUACUGGUCAAAGGAGGGAAAGGAGAUGUAGAGGCACGGCGUGAGAGACUGAGGUGUGUAUCCAGUCCGGUCCGGCCCGUUCCAGUUCCCGGGGUAGAGCCAGUGGUGUGUGUCCCCAGUACGGUCCGGCCUGGUACGGCCCCUCGCACCAAAGGGACGGUGCGCGUCUCCAGCCCGGUCCGACCUGUUCCUGCCUCUCGCACAAGGCCUACGGUGUGCUUCGCCAGCCCAGCCCGGCCUGUUCCUGCUCCCCGCACUAGCCCUGAGAUGCGUGUCCUCAGCCCGGGACCACCAGUUCCGGCACCACGCACUAGGCCUUAUGUGCGUCCCCAGGGUCCUGCAUGCCCUGUUCCUUCUCCCCGCACUAGACCUGAGAUGCGUGUCCUCAGCCCGGUACCUCCAGUUCCGGCACCACGCACUAGGCCUUAUGUGCGUCUCGGCCGGCCAGAGUCUGCCGUCUGCCUAACGGCGCCUGAACUGCCCGUCUGCCCAACGCCGUCUGAACUGUCCGUCGGCCAAGCGCUGCAUGAACUGCCCGUCUGUACUGAGCCUGCUACGCCGCCCGUCUGCCAUGAGCCUUCAGAGCCGUCCGCCAGACCGGAGCCGCUAAAGCCUUCCGCCAGACAGGAGCCGCUAGAGCCUUCCGCCAGACAGGAUCAGCCAGAGCCUUCCGCCAGACAGGAUCAGCCAGAGCCUUCCGCCAGACAGGAUCAGCCAGAGCCUUCCGCCAGACAGGAUCAGCCAGAGCCUUCCGCCAGACAGGAUCAGCCAGAGCCUUCCGCCAGCCAUGAGCAGCCAGAUCCGUCAGCCAGCCAUGAGCAGCCAGAUCCGUCAGCCAGCCAUGAGCAGCCAGAUCCUUCAGCCAGCCAUGAGCAGCCAGAUCCGUCAGCCAGCCAUGAGCAGCCAGAUCCGUCAGCCAGCCAUGAGCAGCCAGAUCCGUCAGCCAGCCAUGAGCCGUCCAGCCAGGAUCCGCCAGAGCCGUCCAGCCAGGAUCCGCCAGAGCCGUCCAGCCAGGAUUCGCCAGAGCCGUCCAGCCAGGAUUCGCUAGAGCCGUCCAGCCAGGAUCCGCCAGCCAGCCAGGAUCCGCCAGAGCCAGCCAGCCAGGAUCCGCCAUUCAGUCCGGUGCUGCCCCUUAGUCCGGUGCUGCCCCUUAGUCCGGUGCUGCCCCUUAUCCUGGUGCUGCUCCUUAUCCUGGUGCUGCUCCUUAUCCUGGUGCUGCCCCUUAGUCCGGUGCUGGCCCUUAAUCUAGUGGGGUUAAGGUGGAGGGUGGUCAUUUGGAGGAGGCUACGUAAGCGGGUAGUGACUAUGGUGGGGUGGUGGUCUAGGCCGGAGCCAGAACCGCCACCGAGGAGGUAUGCCCGCCCAGCCCUCCCCUGUUUGGGGGUUUUGAGGCGCGGUCGCAGUCCGCGCCUUUAGGGGGGGGUACUGUCACACCCUGGUUCUGGGACUCAUUAUGUUGAGCCAGGGUGUGUGCAGUCUAUGUGUUUAUGUUAUAUGUUGGGUGUCUAGGUUGUUGUUUUCUAUGUUUGGUCUAUGACUCCCAAUCGGAGGUAACGAGUGUCAGCUGUCGGCUCGUUAUCUCUGAUUGGGAGCCAUAUUUAUACUGUGUGUUUUCACCUUGGGGUUGUGGGUUUUUGUUCCUUUACGGUCAUUGUAAUCGUGGACUUCACUAUCGUCAUUUGUUGUUUUUCGUGGUUGCUUUAUUGAAUAAAGUCAUCAUGUUCGCUCAACACGCUGCGUAUUGGUCUCCUUCGCUCCUAGACGAUCGUGACAGUAAUGGCAUUAUCUUGAAUGUAAAUAAGUUAUAUUUUAGUACCAUGACCUAGCGAAACAGUAUUUUCUGUUUCUUCACUAUCUUCAAUAUGAUGUUCUUGUCCGAUGUUAGAGAAGUACAUGAUGGCAGUGAUUGUUGGCACAAUCGGUGGAGUGGCUGUCAUCGCCUUCAUCAUCGCAGCAGUGAGAUAUGUGGGCCAUAACAACAAGAAGUGAUUAUCCACCCUUCACUAACUGUGACAAGGGUCGAUGUGAGUUACAGGUAGUCAUUUCCUGUUUGAAUUGACGAUAAGGAAACACUUCAGCCUAGCUAUCCAUUCUAAAACACCUCUGUGUAUUCAUGAGUGAAUGAUUGAUCCAUGGACGGAUGUGAGAAUCAUGGUCAUAAGUUCUGCUAACGCCAGAGCGAGUUCAAUUAAUUUUCUAUCACUAGUCCCCUUUCUGAAAUCCUCUUAGAUGGAGAUCCAAAAUGGCUGCCUGGUGGAGUGGGGUUAGCAAGCCGGACUAACCGUAGCCUAUAGUUUGCAGGCUCUAUUCCCUGCUUUGAUACUGCUUUGGACCCUUGACUUGCUUAGCUAAAAAUACAGCCACGGUAGCCUACUUAACUAAGGUGCUUCAGCAUUAUAGCAAUACAUCACAUUCCGACAAAAGCUUUUACAGAUAGUCGCUCCAAGAGACGGUGUCAGCUCAACCACAACUAAACCCAUGAAACGAUAACCACAACCAUGAACGUCAACCAAAACCAUGAACUAUACGGCUGUAGAUUGUUAACUAUGUUGGGAAACAGGCCCUUGUUUUAAAAUGGAUGCCCAGGCGUGGAGUGUCGCCCUGAGUUAGUUAGUUAGUGGCAUGAGACCGAGUCUGAUCUUGUGACUCCACCCCCCAGAGAGAAUGGCAACCCUGGGCAUGACCUAGUGUCUAAACUGGAGAACCCAGCGUUGUACUACAGCACAGUCAAGAAGGACAAACAAUGUUUGAGGAAGAAA